UAUUAGCCUCCCUCUCUAACUUUACCUUUUCUUCUUUCUUCUUUCUUCUUCCUGAAGAACCCUAAAAUAAUUUAUUAAUGGCGAUAUUUUUACCAGAGAGCUCUUCAAACUUGGAUCUUACUAUCUCCGUUCCAGGCUUCUCUUCCUCUCCUCCUUCGGAUGAAGGAAGUGGAGGAGGAAGGGAACAGCUAAAGCUAGACAUGAAUCGAUUGCCGUCCUCUGAAGACGAUGAAGAACUCAGCCACGGUGGCUCUGCUCCUCCGCGAAAGAAACUCCGUCUAACCAGAGAACAGUCUCGUCUUCUUGAAGAUAGUUUCAGACAGAAUCAUACCCUUAAUCCCAAACAAAAGGAAGCACUUGCAAAGCAUUUGAUGCUACGGCCAAGACAAAUUGAAGUUUGGUUCCAAAACCGUAGAGCAAGGAGCAAAUUAAAGCAAACUGAGAUGGAAUGUGAGUAUCUGAAAAGGUGGUUUGGCUCAUUAACAGAGCAAAACCACAUGCUCCAUAGAGAAGUAGAAGAGCUUAGAGCCAUGAAGGCGGGUCCAUCCACCGCGACCUCCGCCUCGAGCCGCACUAUGUGUCCUCGCUGCGAGCGAGUCACAACUGCAGCGAGUCCCUCCUUGGCGGCUCCAGCCAAGAAAACUCUUCCGCUGCAAGACCGUGAACAUUGAUUUACGUAUUUUAAUUAUUAUUACAUAUGGUUUAGAAGAUUAACGAGGGUCAACCCAUGCAUUAGCCAAGGGAUAACAAUUAUCACAUGAUUUCGUGUAAAUAGUAUUUAAGGGUUAUAUUCUAUGCGCGCACAACAAAUCCGUGUAAAUAUUUUUAUUUUAAUCAGAAAGCCAGUAUCCUUAUCCUUAUUUUUGUUGGGC